AUGAUCUUCAGAGAUCCUGCCAUUGUUAAUGGGGUUUAUUGGUCCGAAUCCCUAAACAAAGUUUUUGUAGAUAACUUUGACCGCGACCCAUCCCUCAUAUGGCAGUACUUUGGAAGUGCAAAGGGCUUUUUUAGGCAAUAUCCGGGGAUUAAAUGGGAACCAGAUGAGAAUGGAGUCAUUGCCUUUGACUGCAGGAACCGAAAAUGGUACAUCCAGGCAGCAACUUCUCCAAAGGACGUGGUCAUUUUAGUUGACGUCAGUGGCAGCAUGAAAGGACUCCGUCUGACUAUCGCGAAGCAAACAGUCUCAUCUAUUUUGGAUACGCUGGGGGAUGAUGACUUCUUCAACAUAAUUGCGUAUAACGAGGAGCUUCACUACGUGGAACCUUGCCUGAAUGGAACAUUGGUGCAAGCUGACAGGACAAACAAGGAGCACUUCAGGGAGCAUCUGGACAAACUUUUUGCCAAAGGAAUUGGAAUGCUGGAUAUAGCUCUGAAUGAGGCCUUCAACAUUCUCAGUGAUUUUAAUCACACGGGACAAGGAAGCAUCUGCAGCCAGGCCAUCAUGCUUAUAACUGAUGGGGCGGUGGACACCUAUGAUACAAUCUUUGCAAAAUACAAUUGGCCGGAUCGAAAGGUUCGCAUCUUUACAUACCUCAUUGGACGAGAAGCGGCUUUUGCAGACAACCUCAAAUGGAUGGCCUGUGCCAACAAAGGAUUUUUCACCCAGAUCUCCACCUUGGCUGACGUGCAGGAAAACGUCAUGGAGUACCUCCAUGUGCUCAGUCGGCCCAAAGUCAUCGACCAGGACCAUGAUGUGGUGUGGACUGAAGCCUACAUUGACAGCACCCUCCCUCAGGCUCAAAAGCUUGCUGAUGAUCAGGGCCUUGUCCUGAUGACCACAGUGGCCAUGCCUGUGUUUAGUAAGCAGAACGAAACCAGAUCAAAGGGCAUUCUUCUGGGUGUGGUUGGCACAGAUGUUCCAGUAAAAGAACUUCUGAAGACCAUCCCAAAAUAUAAGUUAGGGAUUCACGGUUAUGCCUUUGCAAUCACAAAUAAUGGAUAUAUCCUGACGCAUCCAGAACUCAGGCCGCUG